GCUUGAGCUUGUCUGCAAUCUCCUCACGCGUCUUCAUAAUCCUGUCUCUCCUGCGGCCCGCACCUCCUCCUGCUCAUUUGCGAAUUGUACUCUUGACUCAGACGUUCCUCACUCGUCUUCAUAAGCCUGCUACUGUGCAUGCUCCGGAUUGAGGUCUGUUGGGACGCACCUUCAUUUCCGGCAGGCUGCCCAGAUAGCGGACUCCUCAUGACUAUAACCUUCUUCUUCUACCAUAGGCUUCCUCUUCCACCAUAGCCUUCUUCUUACUCCGCCUCGUGGUCAUCCUCGUCGCCGUCACUGUGCAUUUUGCGGUCUUGUUCYGCUGCCACGKAGGCUGURCUCGUGUCCCCCAYUGUCCGCCGCCAUCGCCAUCCGUGCUCUUGGCGGAAGAAUCAUAUAGCGCGCAGUCAAUUGUAGGUCCUGGAACGAAAGGCAGAAAGAAGAAGAGUGUGGUGUUGCUGUGAAGAUGAGAGGAGGAGGUGGAUCGACGCCGUUGUCGCUGACACGUGGACUACAGCUGCUGCUUCUGUCAUUGACACUGUUAUGCCUGGCAGUGUCAUGUAAUGGGGCCCGGAUGACGCAGGAGGAUCUUCUGCGCGCGGCGAUGGCGCGGAAGACGAAGACGGUCCUGCAACUGACUGGUGAUGUUCGCCUGACACGUGACUUGGAACCGAUGACGUGUCCUGAUUUGGCGGUCAUUGGCAGCUGCAAAACGCGAUCUGGCCGUCGAAGAAGAUGCACGAUCGACGGCCAAAAGCGGUUCAGUGGAUUCGCCGGUAGCGGUCAGACACUUACUCUGGACAAUCUGGAACUCGCGGGUUUUAUCGGGACCAUCGUCGGACAUGUCUUCCACAUGGCGACCAUCUCCAACUGCCUUGUGUCCGGUAAUGUCAAUCUCGCUGGCACCGAUGUCCCAGGCGUCAUCAACGUCGUGGGCGCGGACGAUGUCGUCAUCAAGAACUCUCAGUUCAUCCGUAACAAAGGGAAGAUGAUUUCUAUCAUGUACACCCGUCUGACAGCCACCAAUGUCCUCUUCCGAUCGAACGAAGGAGGACCGUUGAUUAGCCAUCACAGGGCGGAAGUAACGUGCGUUGGAUGCAGAUUCGAGGGGAAUAAGGCGGCGGAGGGGGCGGCAGUUCUCGUGGCUAAUUACGGAAUCGUCAUCUUCUCUCGCUCGUCGUUUGUCGGCAAUUCCCUGACGAGGGUGGGCGAGAGAGGAGGCGCAGUCAAUGUCGUCUCAUCACUGGGUCCACUGGCUGCUAGAUUCUGCAACUGCUUCUUCAAUGGGAACACCAUAGCUCUCCCAAGAGGAAAGAAGAUGACGGAACACGUGUACCUCGAGCCCACCGCCUCUCAGUCUGUGUCUUUUUGCAAGAAGAGACCGGCGAUGGGAAUCAACGGUAAUAUUUCCCAUGCCAUAGAUUCCUGUGACGGUUGUCCUGCCUAAGCGAGGAUAUAUUCACACUGUUUAGCUAUAAUAAUCUUUUUUUUGGUCUGAUAAAUUCACGCAUGUGGC